CUUCUAUUCGGAUCAGAAAAUAAGAAAGUAAUAACAUGCUUGGAAAUUGAGGAAAUUUUCAAGAAUUUUGAGUUUACAAAUGAUGACGAUGCUGUGAAGGUCGCCUUGGCCGUCUUUAUAGAAACUGUGAUGGUCGGGAAGGAUAAGAAAACACAGUUUGACAUGGACAUUUUGGGAAGAGUUGAUGAUGAAGAAGCAUUUAAAAGCUUCGAUUGGUCAACUUUCUUCUACACUCGUCUGCUCAACAGUUUAAAGACAAGUCUCCAAGGCAAAAAAGAAGCAUACGAGCUGAAGAAGACACGAAGUUCCAAAGCAGUGUCAUACUAUAACAUCAAAGGCUACGUCCUUGCUUUUCAGGUGUGGGCUUAUGAAGUACUCUCAACCGCAAAUGAACUCAUCUCCACAAAGAGAACAACUCUCACCCCAAAGGGAACAAAGUCAAACAGUGGCUGA